AUACUCAUCUGCAAGUCUCAUCUUUCAAAACUGUCUGCAUUCUUUCAAUCAAAGAGAAACAUUUUUUGAGAAAGAUGACUUGUGAAAUCUGUGAACAAAGCUGGCUUCACAAGGAUACUGAAUGAAAGACAACAUGCCUUACAGUGGACACUUAUCUUGAAGGGGUGACACUGCGCUCUUAAACUAAAACACAGGCACUGUAAAAACACUGAUCCUGAACAAGAACAAGGAUUGUAGAAACUGCAUCAGGAUGUUUGUUAGUCCCAGAAGAGUCAGAAAAUGCCAUUUUUUGCAGAUAUGUGCCACUUGCUUCAUACUGUGUCUCAUGAUUUUUUGGGGACCAUUUGAUAAUCACAUUGUGAGCCAUAUGAAGUCCUAUUCAUACAGAUACCUCAUAAAUAGCUACCAUUUUGUCAAUGACAGCCUGUCUAUCAACAGGGAUAACUUGGACAGAGUGUCGAGCUACCAGUACUUGAUCAACCACAGAGAGAAGUGUCAGCAGCAGGACGUCCUUCUCCUGUUGUUUGUGAAGACUUCGCCUGAAAACCGUCAUCGGAGGGAUGCAAUUAGACAAACUUGGGGUAAUGAGAAGUACGUUCGUUCUCAACUUAAAGCCAAUAUUAAAACUCUUUUUGCUUUAGGACAACCAACAGAUCAUCUGCAGCAAAGAAAACUUCAGCUGGAAGACUGGAAAUACAGUGAUUUGAUUCAGCAAGACUUCUUGGAUACUUUUCACAAUCUUACUCUUAAAUUGCUUUUGCAGUUUAGCUGGGUGAAUGCCUAUUGUCCUCAUGCCAGGUUCAUUAUGUCUGCAGAUGAUGAUAUAUUUAUCCAUAUGCCAAAUCUUGUUGCUUAUCUUCAAAGUCUAGCACAAAUGGGUGUGCAGGAUCUCUGGAUUGGUCGUGUCCAUCGUGGAUCACCUCCCAUAAGAGACAAAAGUAGCAAAUACUAUGUUCCAUAUGAAAUGUACCAGUGGCCCUCUUAUCCUGACUACACAGCAGGAGCUGCGUAUGUAAUAUCAAAUGAUGUAGCAGCUAAAGUCUAUGAGGCUUCAUUGACUCUCAAUACAAGUCUUUAUAUAGAUGAUGUUUUCAUGGGUCUCUGUGCCAAUAAAAUGGGAAUUGUACCACAAUAUCACGUAUUUUUUUCUGGGGAAGGAAAGGCUCCAUAUCAUCCCUGCAUUUAUAACAAAAUGAUGACAUCUCAUGGACACGUAGAUGAUCUUCACCAGCUCUGGAAGCAGGCUACAUCUCCUGAAGUUAAAAAGCUUUCUUCAGGAAUUUUCAGUAGAAUGUACUGCAGACUAGUCAAUAUUUUGCUUCUCUGUAAACUACACUAUCAGGACACAUAUCCUUGUUCAGCUGCAUUUUCUUAAUACUUGAAUUUCUGCGUUGAAGAUCCACUGAGCCAAAACA